UCUGACGCGUGGUUUUGUUUUGUUUCGUAUCUCUCGGGCUCAAAUCUCUGUCCGGCGUCUGCCUUGGGUGCAAGGGCGGCUGCCGUGACGCCUCCCCUCCGCUUCGCCUGUCUUGUGCAAAGCCGGCUGGGGCGACCUGGCGAGUGGACGCUCUCGCCUGGUGUUUCGUUUGGCUAGACGCGCGUGGGGUCUUUCGUUUGGAUCCACGCGAUGCACAGUGGCAAAGGUCUGGGGGAAGACAUGGAGCAUUGUGACAUCUGCCCUCGGGCACCUGGCAAAUCCUAGUAAACCAGGAAAUCGCAAAAGAAAGCACUUGCUGACUGUCUCCUGUGCAAAAAGUUCCACUGUUCCUCAUCUGAAGGACUUUUUUGGACCACAGAAGCUUUCAUAAACUUUAGCUAACUACUGCUCAAGAAGUGAGGCACAUCCGUAUGUUCGCAAUAUGAACUGCAUUCGCUGAAGGGAAAAGAAGCCUUUUGUUUUAUCCUUGCAGAAAUUGCAGCUUUUGAGGGUUAUAAAAACCGCACAUAUUUUGGAAUGACUGGAAUGUAGAGAAACAAAAUAAAAUGUGGGAAUUUGGAGUGCAUGUUAGCAGUUCUGCUUUUUAAAAUACGUCGUCUGCAUAGAGGAACAUGCAUCCCUGUAAGCUGCAGCUGUAGUCAUGGCACUGUGUGACCCUUUAAGCCAUAUGAGAAGUAUUACUGAGCCUUGGUAUCAAACGUAGCUUUACCUCUAAAUCGGAUGAACAGCGAUACACUAUGUGCUAAUCAAAAGCGCAUUUGGAUGAGAAGAUGCCUCUUGUCCACACGACGAUGCCACUGACCAUUAUGUGAGGGCAUGAAGGGUUCGCGGGGACUGCAUUGUGUCCUGUGAUGACAUUCCGUGCAAUGUUCACCCUGGCUUGGAUGUAAGGAUCUGUUGUCUUAGAUGAAACUUAAGAUGCGUUGCUGUUCCUGACCUGUCCCAGAAAAGAAAGUCUGUAAAAUGGCUCAGACCAGCUUGCUGCAGGGGAAGCAGUUUUAUUGUAGAGAGUGGGUUUUUCACAAGCUUCAGCACUGCCUCCAGGAGAAGACAAGCUGUAGCAACAGCACUGCCAAUAAACCAUCUGUUGUGUUGAAUGCCGGGACUAAUACUUGUGUCGUCCCUGGCAAGGGAGCUGCCUGGGGUGUGUUGUUAGUAGGCGGGCCUGGUAGUGGCAAGACAGCCCUCUGUACUGAGUUACUGUGGCCAAGCUCACCUGCCAGUCUCCAAAGGGGGUUACAUCAUCAAGCCCUGGCCUUCCACUUCUGCAGGGCUCAGGAUUCAGACACUCUCUGUGUGGGAGGGUUUGUUAGAGGGUUAGUUGCCCAGAUCUGUCGCGGCGGACUGAUUCAGGGAUACGAGGACAAACUGCGCGAUCCUGCUGUUCAAAGCCUCUUGCAGCCUGGGGAGUGUGAGAGGAACCCUGCUGAAGCAUUUAAAAGGUGCAUUCUGCUCCCCCUUCUAGGAACGAACCCUCCUCAGCAAAGUCUCUUCCUCCUCAUAGAUUCAGUAGAUGAGGGUUGUAACAUUGCAGAAGGUGACCAGACGUCCACAGCCUUAUCUGGAACUAUAGCCGAACUUCUAGCUAGUCACUAUGAGUUUUUCCCCCCCUGGUUGCUGCUUCUAUGCUCUGCCCGGAAGCAGAGCAAAACUGUUACAAAAAUGUUUACUGGCUUUCGAAAAAUAAGUCUUGAUGAUCUCCGAAAGGCCUAUAUUGUGAAAGAUGUCCAACAGUAUAUUCUUCAUCGCUUAGAUCAAGAAGAAGCACUGAGACAACAUCUCACAAAAGAAACCGCAGAAAUGUUGAAUCAGCUUCACAUUAAAAGCAGUGGAUGUUUCCUGUAUCUAGAGCGUGUCUUAGAUGGAGUAGUAGAAAAUUUUAUCAUGUUAAGAGAAAUCCGUGAUAUCCCAGGAACACUCAAUGGCCUCUACCUUUGGCUUUGUCAGAGACUUUUUGUGAGAAAACAGUUUGCAAAGGUCCAACCUAUUCUGAAUGUAAUCCUUGCUGCUUGCAGACCACUGACUACAAUUGAAUUGUUCCAUGCAGUGUGGACCAAAAACAUGGCAUUAUCUAUGGAGGAUUUUCAGCGCAAGCUAGAUGUUCUGUCAAAAGUUCUUGUUGAUGGACUUGGAAACACAAAGAUCCUAUUUCACUACAGUUUUGCAGAAUGGUUGCUGGAUGUAAAACACUGUACACAAAAAUAUUUGUGUAAUGCAGCAGAAGGACACAGAAUGCUAGCUAUGAGUUACACCUGUCGAGCCAAGGAUCUAACACCAUUGGAGGCUCAAGAAUUUGCUUUGCAUCUCAUUGACUCAAAUUUGCAACUGGAGACCUCUGAGUUGGCUUUGUGGAUGAUCUGGAAUGGUACACCUGUCAAAGAUUCUUUGUCAACGUUGAUCCCCAAAGAACAAGAAGUUUUACAGUUGCUAGUGAAAGCUGGUGCUCAUGUCAACAGUGAGGAUGAUCGGACAUCCUGCAUUGUGCGGCAGGCUUUAGAAAGAGAAGAUUCCAUUCGUACAUUAUUGGAUAAUGGUGCUUCAGUAAACCAGUGCGAUUCAAAUGGGAGAACACUGUUGGCUAAUGCUGCAUAUAGCGGCAAUCUUGAUGUAGUCAAUUUGCUUGUUUCUAGAGGAGCCGAUUUAGAGAUUGAAGAUGCACACGGGCAAACAGCACUUACUUUAGCUGCUCGGCAGGGACACACCAAAGUUGUCAAUUGUUUGAUUGGAUGUGGUGCUAACAUAAAUCAUACUGACCAUGACGGGUGGACAGCACUACGAUCUGCAGCAUGGGGUGGGCAUACCGAGGUGGUUUCUGCACUCCUUUAUGCUGGAGUAAAAGUGGAUUGUGCAGAUGCUGACAGUCGAACAGCCUUGAGAGCAGCAGCCUGGGGAGGACAUGAAGAUAUUGUGCUGAAUCUGUUGCAACAUGGGGCUGAGGUCAACAAAGCGGAUAAUGAAGGUAGAACUGCUUUAAUUGCAGCAGCAUACAUGGGACAUAAAGAGAUUGUGGAGCAUUUGCUGGACCAUGGGGCAGAGGUAAACCAUGAGGAUGUGGAUGGAAGGACUGCUCUCUCUGUUGCUGCUCUUUGUGUACCUGCUAGUAAGGGACAUGCUUCAGUCGUGAGCCUUUUAAUAGACCGGGGUGCUGAAGUGGAUCAUUGUGACAAGGAUGGCAUGACUCCACUGCUGGUGGCAGCCUAUGAAGGACAUGUUGAUGUGGUUGACUUGCUUCUGGAAGGUGGAGCAGAUGUAGAUCAUACUGACAACAAUGGUCGCACUCCUCUUCUUGCUGCAGCUUCAAUGGGCCAUGCUUCCGUUGUAAAUACUCUGUUGUUUUGGGGGGCAGCUGUGGAUAGCAUUGAUAGUGAAGGACGGACAGUUCUUAGCAUAGCUUCUGCCCAAGGUAAUGUUGAAGUAGUACGGACUCUGCUGGAUAGAGGGUUAGAUGAAAAUCAUAGAGAUGAUGCAGGAUGGACACCUUUGCACAUGGCAGCUUUUGAAGGACACAGGUUAAUAUGUGAAGCACUUAUAGAACAAGGUGCUCGAACAAAUGAGAUUGAUAAUGAUGGACGCAUAGCCUUCAUAUUGGCUGCCCAGGAAGGUCACUAUGAUUGUGUGCAGACCUUACUGGAAAAUAAAUCGAACAUUGAUCACAGAGGCUAUGAUGGGAGAAAUGCGCUCCGUGUUGCUGCUUUAGAAGGCCAUAGAGAUAUAGUUGAACUACUCUUCAGUCAUGGAGCUGAUGUGAACUACAAAGAUGCUGAUGGCCGGCCAACACUCUACAUCUUGGCUUUAGAGAAUCAGCUAACAAUGGCCGAGUAUUUUUUAGAAAAUGGUGCAAAUGUAGAAGCUAGUGAUGCUGAAGGAAGAACAGCACUCCAUGUUUCCUGCUGGCAGGGCCACCUGGAGAUGGUACAGAUGCUGAUAACAUAUCAUGCCGCUGUGAAUGCAGCAGACAAUGAGAAACGGUCAGCUUUGCAAUCUGCGGCAUGGCAGGGCCAUGUCAAAGUAGUUCAGCUUUUGAUUGAGCGUGGGGCCCUAGUUGACCAUACGUGUAACCAAGGUGCUACUGCACUCUGUAUUGCAGCCCAAGAAGGGCACAUUGAUGUUGUGCAGAUAUUACUGGAACAUGGUGCUGAUCCAAAUCAUGCAGAUCAGUUUGGACGCACAGCUAUGCGUGUUGCUGCAAAAAACGGGCACACGCAGAUAAUUAAAUUACUGGAAAAAUACGGCGCUUCUAGUCUAAAUGGCUGCACUCCUUCUCCGGUCCAUACAAUGGAGCAAAAACCAUUGCAGUCAGUAUCUUCAAAAAUGCAAUCCUUAACCAUAAAAUCAAAUAGUUCAGGGAGCACUGGCGGGGGAGAUAUGCAGCCUGCUUUGCGUGGCUUGUCUAAUGGGCCAGCCCAUGCCUUCAGUUCUCCUUCUGAAUCUCCCGAUUCUACUGUUGAUCGGCAGAAGUCCUCUUUAUCCAAUAAUUCCUUGAAAAGCUCAAAAAACUCUUCUCUUCGCACAACUUCAUCUACAGCUACUGCCCAGACAGUACCUAUUGAUAGUUUUCACAAUAUGUCCUUUACGGAACAAAUACAGCAGCAUUCAUUGCCCCGCAGCAGAAGUAGGCAGUCCAUUGUUUCCCCUUCUUCCACAACUCAUUCCUUAAGUCAGAAUCAUAGUUCACCAAAUAGCGAAUUUGAGUGGAGUCAAGUUAAACCCAGCUUGAAAUCAACGAAAGCAAGCAAACCAGGGAAAACAGAAAACUCCAGCAAAUCUGGAUCUGCUGGGAAAAAAGUGAAACAGAGCACCUCCUCUCAGCCAAAAGUUCUAGAAUAUGAAAUGACUCAGUUUGAUAAACGGAUACCUGUUGCCAAAUGUGGGGCUAGUGUUCCCCUUAAAUCGAUGCCUGCGGACACUCAGUGUAAAAUUUUAGUCCCUCCAGCCCAGCAAGAAGUUUGCCGGUCUCAACAGCAGUUCCUGAUCCACCAGCAAAGUGGGGAUCAGAAAAAACGAAAUGGAAUAAUGACAAACCCAAACUACCAUCUUCAGAGCAAUCAGGUUUUUCUUGGUAGAGUUUCCGUCCCACGAACUGUACAGGAUCGAGGGCAUCAGGAGGUUUUAGAAGGCUAUCCUUCAGCAGAGACAGAGUUAAGCCUUAAGCAAGCCUUAAAACUUCAAAUUGAGGGGAAUGACCCAAGUUUCAACUAUAAGAAGGAAACGCCAUUGUAACAGACAGCUCCACGACACCAUAAAUAAAAAGAAGAGCUUCUGCCUAGAAUGGUUUGUCAGCUGAGCUGGGAUAAAAAAGCAUGUCUUGCUUAUUGAACCACAUUGAAAACUACGAAUGUGAUCGCUGCAGUACAGUUACCUUGAUUACUGUAAUGUGCCUAAAAGUUUUAAGGCUGCCUUCUUAAUGUAACCUUCUGUGCUUCAGAAAUUUUAUUUUGUGUACUCUGUACUUAAUACACAAAAUAAGCACUUUCUUUUUCUUCCUUAGUAGCAAAAUGAGAUAAAUGCUGUAUUUUCCUCACACACCUGAAAAACUAAGAGCUAGAAAUGGGAGUUUCCUUUUCAAGAAGGCUCGAUGGGUGUAAAUGUGCCACAGUGGACUUCGUUUUGAAAGGCAAUGCCUUCGGUAUUUAUUUUAUUUUAAUGUGGUAUAAGAAACAACAUACAGCCAAAAAGACAAGGAGUGUCCUGAGCCACCUUAAAGACUAAAGCAGGUCCUCUCACCUUGACCCAAUCACUUGUGAGUUCCCUUUAAUAGGCUCUUUUAACCCAAAUCAAGUACUUUUUCUCUCCGCUCUGUUUGUACCAGCUCUGUGGCAGCAAAAUUUUAGCUGGUUAACAUUUAAGGUGCCAUAGGACCUUUUGUCUUUCUGCUGAAAAUUCACAUGAUCAAAUCUGCACAAGAAGCCCCGACUAUAUCCCCAAAGGGGAGACGUGCCAUUGGCAUGUAGAACAGAAUGUGUGAGAUGGCACAUCCAUAGAUGUACCCACAGAAGCAAGUGAUAAUACUGGGUUGCGGUGGUUCAUAAAUCACUUCUGCAGAUCCAGGCAAUGAUGCCUGGACCUCUGCAGUGGUACCUGUGGAAAAGCUGGCUCACACAUGACAUUCUUCAUGUCAUCAUGGGCACAUAGGCAUCACAUAAUGUAGAACUCACUUUGAACAUGUAAACCCUACUCUUCUGUACAACUUCAAUCACACUGACAUUGCUGUAAUGUAUUUCUGUGUAGUUAAAAUGCUUCUCAUAAGAAAAGACCAUUCUUGUGACAGUAUUGGCUAAAAUGCGGUACUUGUGUUUGGCCCUGGUCAGUAGUGGAUAAAAGAUUAUAGCAUAAUUCAUCCAUCACUUUCUCCCAUUACUCAUUUUGAAGGCUGUUUGUGAAAGAACAGUUCUUAGGACUCGAACCAAUUCUCAUGUUGCCUGCUUAAUGAAAGUAUAUCUCUGGCUUCCAGAGGCUAAUAGAUGUAGCCGGUACAUUCAGUGUCUUCCAACACCAUUCCCUAGACAAUCCUUUGCUUUGCUUCGGGCUUACCUGUGGAAGAGUCGUACGUUUGUUCAAUCCUCAGUUAAAAGGAUUUCAGUUAAAGGGCUGAGCAAGACCUCUGUAAAGGCCUGGGCUAGAUGGACCAGAGACGUGACUCCUUAGGGCAGCUUCGUGUGCUCAAAAGUGAAAUCAUCAGGAGACUUUGACAAGAAGAGGUCUUUGGCUUUGCCCCCAGGAAGCUGCCGUAGUCUUACAGUAGGAAUAACCGCUCACUCAUUCUGGUAGCAGCUGCUCUUUGUCUUGUUCGCAGCAUGCCCAAGCCACUGAUACAUAAUCUCUCUUUUCAGAUGAUUAGUUUACCACCUGUUAAUGUUAUCUUUGGAUUAGAUGUAAAUUGUUAACUCCAAACUACCCAUGGUCUUGAUCAUUAAUCACAUGUCAUAGGCCAAGGUGCACUUGCAUCUAAAAAUAGUUCUGUAAAAUUGGAUGUUACAAAAACUCUGGAGUCCACUACUUUCUCAAAUGUAUAUUUUAAAAAAUAUAUGUUAAGAUGCUUGGAGUUCAAUAGUUAUAUCUGAAAAGGUGUCCCAAAAUGCCUUGCAGAAGAUUUUAUUUAUCUAUAUCAAACAUUGUCUCCAACGCUAUUUCUUAUAACCAAGAAAAUGAAACCAGGAUAGGGAUAUGGCGAUAGGAGCAGACUUGAUUUACAGGUGACACUAGGGGGUGAAGGCACAUUUAUCCCUCUGCUCCAGUUGUGUCACCACCGUUACUCCUAAUUUUUUCCCUACAGUAAGGAAUGGCAGCUAUUCACUUAUAUAGGAGAACAUACAGUUCUGCACGUGGCAACACUGCCAUUAAGUUAAAACCUGUUCUAUAGGCCUGAGAGUAGAUGGCUUGCCAUAAGGGGGAUGAAACUUGAUCCUGUGAAGAGAGAAUACAAAGAGUACUUCCAGAUGAAACCUUGAUCGCACCAUUGCUCUACUUCAUUCAUGGAAUUUUACAGGGGAACCAGUCAAUGACAUCUUCACCUUGUAACCCUCCCAUGUUUUCCCAGAACCACUUCGUUCUCACUGCAGAACAUCCAUUUAGGAAGAAAAGACAGAACAGCUGCACAGCGUCUUCAUUCUAAUUGGUAGUGCUAAGGUCCUGUGUCUGGAAGUAUCCCCAAAACACGUCAUUCAACAGGGAUUCCUGUGAUUUUGAAAUACCUCCCCUGCAUGUGCCCCCACCUACCACACUGAUGAAGUGUUUUGAGUUACUAAUCAUUGCUGCCGUGAAUUUCUUGAGGUUUUUUUUUUUAAAAAAAAAAAAUACUUCGGGUGCUUCCAAUGAAAGGCUUCUGGGAUUACCAAUCAAAAGGCAUUGUGUACAGAUUCCAUCCUUUCUUCCUUAGCAGGUAUUUAAGGAAAGAUGGAAGAAACAUGGGAAGGUUAUCAGUUGAAGGUAGGACACCUGGCCCUGCUGUAAAAAUGUGAAUGAGGCAGGGCUAUUGCACAAUAAAAGCCUUGUCUGGAAGGACCUUUAGGUAAGAAUGUUGUGAAGUGGUAUAGUAAGGGUCCAAAAUGUUGCUUCCAGCUUGUUCCAAACUUUAAGUACUGGAUGUUUGCAAUACUGCACAAGAAUAAACUCUUCUAUCUUAUUAGAUAUAUGUUUUGAUCUGUAGAACGACAUCCCUAAAUGUUGCCUUCUCUCUGGAUCUCAGCUGUUGCUGAGAUGAUAUUUAUUUAAUUGUAUUGUUUUAUUACAGUAUGUACCUUGUGACUCAAUGAUGACCAUUUUUGGCCAUUUUGACAGGGAGGCUAUGCAUUCCAGAAGCCUUCUGGAUUUUCAGCAGAACAAUCUUAAUGUUUGAAGGAGCUGGUGAGGGGUGUAACAUUCCCCAAGCACAGAAAUUACUAAAAGAAGGUCAGCAGGAAAGUGCUACCUUUCAGAGAACUGAAACAAAUGUUCCUUUUCAGAAAUGCUAUGGAAUACAGCAUGUUUCUCUGUUUAAAAGUAUUGAUUUGACAAGAGUGUGAGAUUUUUACGCAUUACUUAAAUAUAUCAUUUUAAUAUAUUGGCUUUUGUGGCCUCUAAGAGAAAGGUAAAAUUGCCCUGAAUAUUGGCAAUUCUGUGGUGUGUGUGUGUUGAAAUUGUUAGAUGUGCUUCAGUUCUGUUAAGCCAUAACUUGGCAGACCUGAUCAGCUAUAAUUUAGCAUAAUUCGAGACCCUCUGUGUUUCUUUUUCCAUUCCACAAAUCUCUGUAUCUCUAGUCCUGCUUUAUCUUCAUCUUCCUUUUCCCUAUAUUGUCCGAAGGUAACACUUAAGGAAAUUGGGGGAUGUUACACAAUUCAUAACUGGGAGAGAUGGGGAAGGACUGGUGAACAUUAAUAUCUGUACCACACGCAUGCCAAGGAAGCUGUCUUAAAAGGGAAGUAAAAGACAAAUCAAAUUUUAACAUAUUAAGCUGUAGCAGUGCCCUUUAAGCCCUUGUCAUGAUCAGUAUUGGAAAAUGGCUUUGCUUUUUCUUAAAGCAUCGUUUUCUCAUGUCAACUCUGCUGCUAUGCAAAUGUCUGUUUAUGCUCGUUAUCCUCCGUUGGAACUCUUCAAAUUACAUGGUGCGCAGAUAAGACUUCUUUUCCUGGACUGGGUUGUAAAUAGCCUAUAAUGUACAUUGAAUUUCACAUUGUAAAAUUUUUAUUUUAUUUCUUGUAUUAUAUUAAGCAAAAAUCCUUAUGUAUAUGAAAGUGCAUAAUAAAUAUAUUUGCUUUUCA